AUGACAAAAAAUGAGGCCUUACAACAGUUGCUACUUUCAACUGGACAUGCACUGUUGAUUGAUUAUGGCAACAAAGCAGGCCUUUUGCUGAUGGAAUUGCGCUCCAAAUUCGCAGCAAUGUCACCGACACAGAACCGUAUUCCACUGGUAUCACCACUUGCAACAACAAUGGAACUACGCUCACUUUUAUCCGCUCACAUGAUAUGCUUCACGGCCGAAAGUGUCUUCCAUUUCUUGUAUCCGGCACUCAUCCAGCUACCGAACACCAAGGAAGUGCUGCCAUCACCUGCUCAUUUUGUCGCCAGACAGGCCAUAAAGUAUUUUAACAUAUGUGCAGCGGAUGCGGCAUAUAUAAACGAAACCGAAAAAAGUAUUGAAUGUUGGGAACGAAUGAACACAGUGAUUGAAUCGAGUAUGCCGACACUUGACAAAAUCCAGGGCUGGUACAUGGAUGAGCGUCAGCGUGCGAUAAAAAUUUCAUUAUCGUUGAUGUUCGAUCAGCAUGCUCCGCUCAUGAAGGCAUUACUGGAUACCGGUGAUGCGCUGCUCGUCUACUGCUCCCGAUAUUCCACGCCAGAAGCUGAGCUUACAGUUGGUAUGAGAGAACGGGAUUUACGUGCUUGGCUAGCACAUAUUGAUAUCGAUACACGACAGUUAUUUGAUUCAAUGGUGCGCCCGCUGGCAUUUCGACCACCUUAUCUUGGUGGGAAUCGUUUGGGAUUAAUUUUGAUGGAAAUUCGUCGAGAAUGUACAUUGCGUGGAGUUUUCCCACAUCAGCUUCCUGUACUAAAAAUUAACACUCAAACGAUUUUGGGUUCGGAAUCGCCGUCUGAAAAUUACGUCUGUCUAAAACCAUUCAACGUAUUAAAAGAAGAAAAUUUCAAGGCUGUUUGGGCAAAUCCGUUUCUGUUGUAUGCAAAACAAAAGAAGGAUAGCAAACUUUGGGCACAGGCACAUUCAACGAAACUCGCUCCAAAAUUGAUCUCAAUCGAUGAGCCCAGACUUUGUCAAAUUGUUGAUGAUUUGGAUAGCAGACUGAAAGUGACAACUCAGGAUCUGGAUGAUUAUCCAGUUGAAGAUCUACGUGGUAUUUUCAUACGCCUUGCACUUCGGAUUCGUAGCCGAAGCAGUGAAAUGGAUUCGCAACUUCUUCAAAUGAGUAUGCUUGCAAAAGAAAUUAGUGCAAUGCAGAGCAUGAGGAGGACGUUAGAGGAACGGCGAAUACAGAUGGAAGGUGGUCCAGAAAAACGCGAGAAGCAACCAAUACCAGCACUGCCUAUACCCCUGCCUCGCGCUCCUGAAGCACCGGCACCGGUGCCUUUGAUGAGUGGUUGCUCGCCUCCCCGAAAAUGGGAAGAAAGGCGUAAACCCAACAACCACCGACGUCGUUCACCAUCCAAUGAAAAGCCCGUGCGACGCCGAAUAUCGCCUUCGCGACAGAAAUCACCUAGCCCUCGUUUACCUCGAAAGGCAGCAUCGCCAUCUCGAAGAGCCGCGGCUUCGCCGCCUCGAAAAAUCGCAGUAUCCCCCGCUCGAAGAGCACCAUCGCCCGCUCGGAGAGUAGCAUCGCCGUUGUAUCGAAAAGCAGCGACAGCAGCAGCAGCAGCACCAGCAGCAAUAUCACCACCUCCAAAACAACAACCAAAACCACCAAAACCUCCCAUUGAUGAGAGUGAAUUGUCUGAAGGUGAGAUUGUCAGUGAUUGA